AUGCGUGCUCUGCUUGUCUCUAUAGGCGCAUGUCUUGCGGCAUGCGCUACUGCUCAGACCUUUCAGCGACUGGGAGGCUGCCCUGCCCUGGGCUGCAUCUUCCCACCUGAUCAGGUUGACUUCCUUGCUGGCCAGUUCUUCGAUAUCCGACUUGAAGUCCAUUCACCUGUCAAUGGCUCCGAAGCGCGAGUCGGUGAGCCAGAUCCCAAUUUCACUUUCACCAUUUCCAAGAAGGGCGGCACCACUGUCUCUGCUACUGAGUACUUCAAAGUCGUGGAGCCCGAGCUGGAGCGCUGGAAUUUCACUUGGUAUGAAGACCUUUUCGCCCAGGAUGCCGACCAACCCUCUCUCGUCAAUGUCACUGCCAAGGCCUACAGACGUGUUGUUCUCUACGAGCCUGGUGACUACGAGGCUACCUUGACCUACUAUGGAACUCAGAAGACUGUUGCUAAUUGGCACGUUCGUGACCUGCCCACCAAGCGGCGUGCCAAGAACGUUAUCCUCUUUAUUGGGGAUGGCAUGACUACAAAUAUGAUCACUGCUGCCCGUCUGAUGGCUCACCGCAGCAUUAAUGGCAAGUACAUGACCAAAAUGGCUCUUGACAAGUUUCCCGUACUGGGCCACCAGAUGACCCACUCCAUGGAUUCGUUCAUCACCGACUCGGCCAACUCUGCGACAGCAUUGUACACCGGUCACAAGAGUACCGUCAACGCCCUCAAUGUCUAUGUCGACUCCUCCAAGGAUCCCUUCGACGAUCCCAAAUUUGAGAUCAUCACUGAGAUUUUCAGACGCCACUUCCCUCAAAGCGGCGUUGGUAUUGUGACCACAGCUUUCCUGGCUGAUGCGACCCCCGCUGCAUUAGCUGCUCACACCAGCAAGCGAAGCCAGCUGGACCAUGUCAUUGGUGCUUUCUAUGAGGGCGGUGUCAGCAAUCACAAUUGGACUAACUGGGAUGGCCCUGAUGUAGUCCUCGGAACCGGUGCGGAGAAUUUCCUCCAGACUAAGGACGCCCCUCGUGACUACUACAAGCUCUUUGCCGAGAAGGGCUACAAUGUGGCCUGGAACAACACUGCCAUGCAGAAUGCAUCAAAUGACGAAAAGCUGCUUGGCGUCUUCCAGACUAGUAACCUCGCUCUUUGGCUCGACCGCAACGUUUACAAGGACAACCUCCACAACAAGAGCAACUACCCUGACGGCUCUGAUCGUGAUGCUACUGAUUUGCCGGGUCUGAAAGAGAUGACUCUCAAGGCGAUUGACGUGUUACAGGAGCGACACGACGACCAGGGCUGGUUCCUUAUGUCUGAGGCUGCCAGUAUCGACAAGCAAAUGCAUACUCUGGAUUAUGAUCGUGCCUUGGGAGAGCUUCUGGAGCUCGACGACACUGUCCGCGCGACUAUUGAGAAGCUUCAGUCAAUUGGUCAGCUCGAGGAUACUCUCAUCCUUGUCACGGCUGACCAUGGCCACGGCUUUGACGUCACGGGUUCCGUUGACACCAAAUACAUGAGCGCCCAACGGGAGGAUCGCGAGAAGCGCCGGUCCAUUGGCUACUACAGAGACUCUGGUCUCUCGCAGUACACCGUCGAUGGGCCCGACGCCUUGCGAUACUCAGAUGGCGUGCAUUUCCCUGCUCGCUGGGACCCCCGCUACACUCUGCACUCCGGUGUCGUUGCUUUCCCCGACCAUCGGGAGAACUACCAGGUUCACAGUGAAGGCCCGCGCGUUCCUGCUGUCGAGCUCAAUGGCAAGGAAGAUGACUUCUACGUCAGCUACAAGGACGCUGUCACUGGCUUCCUGAUCAACGGCACUUUACCCGUUGAUGCUGACCAGGGAGUUCACUCGCUGACCGAUGUACCGGUCUUUGCACAAGGCCCCUGUCAGGAGCUGUUUGGUGGUGUUUACAAUUCCAUUGACAUCUUCUUCCAUAUGGCGGAAUGUUUGGGCUUGUCCGAGACCCAGGGCAGGGCCUCGGAAACCUGUGCUGCUCAAGGCGGGAAUGCCUAG